AUGUCAACUAUUCGCACACCUACCGAGCCUAAAAUGACUGCACAGACGACAACACCGUUAAACCACUAUGCUUCUGACCCACAAAUAAACAUUUCCAACUGUAAAAUAGACAAUACAGACCAAUUUUCGUUUAUUUCGAGAAGAACAAAACGCAAACAUGAAGAAAUUACGGAGCAAGGAAUGUCUCAACUUCUUAACAUGUUAAAUGACUUUUCAUCCAAACAGGAUGCAAAGAUGGCUAAUUUGAAUGCUGCUAUAACCACCAUAUUAGAACAAAACUCGGUCAUUCAAAACACAGUUGAAUUUAUCUCCAGUAAAUAUGACGAAAUGUUACUAUCAAUGCAAAAACUCCAGGAGGUAAACAUGUCAUACAAGAAACAGAUAAACUCUCUACAGGCCAAAAUAGACAUGUUGGAAAAAAGCUCCUGUGCUACAAAGCUUGAAAUUCGUAACGUUCCUAAGUCUGGACAAGAAAACAAAGAGACCCUCACAAGUAUAGUGAAAAAUAUUGGGACUGCCGUUGGCUUACACCCCACCCUUGUGUCGAGCGAAGUAAGAGAUAUUUAUCGUACAAAGUCCUCAUCAAUAAUAAUUGACCUUACCACCACAACAAUGCGAGACUCACUUAUUGCAAAAACCAAAUCCUUCAACAAGGAAAUGAAGGGCUCGAAAAAGCCACAGCUUAACACGUCCCAUAUAAAUAUUCCUGGGCCCACUCACACUAUAUAUCUAUCAGAACACCUGACGACAAGAUCCAAGCACAUCUUUUUUCUCGCCCGAGGGCUUGUUAAAAGUAAGAAGAUUGCUGCAUGCUGGACAUCAUACAGCAAAGUCUAUAUCAGGGUGGCCGAGGGCCAACCGUCAUUGCGCGUGGACUCAGAAGAGGACCUACAGAAGUACUGA